AUGCUUCUUUCUUUCUUUUCUCUGACCGGAUUGCUGGCGAUCGUCGGAGCCUUUCACAUCCCCGGCAGGGGCUUCGAUCGGUUUAUCUCCAUCUGGCUGGAAAACCAGGAUUUUGCCAAAGUCGUUAAAGAUUCCCACAUCGCUGAUCUCAAGAAGGACGGGAUUUUGCUCACCAACUACUACGCGCAUACCCACCCCAGCCAGGCCAACUAUAUUGCAGCACUCGCUGGAGACUACUUUGGUCUAAACCACGACGAACCGGUCCGACUCCCGUUAAACAUAUCGACCAUCGUGGAUCUUCUCGACUGGAGGGGUCUGUCAUGGAAAGCGUACAUGGAAGACAUCCCCGGCCCAGGCUACUUGGCGGCUGCCAGCGACGGGCAAACAGGUGAUGGGAAGUGGGACUAUGUACGGAAACAUAACCCCUUUGUGUCAUUUGACUCCAUCAACCUGAACGGAUCCCGCCUGCUCAAUAUCGAAGGGUUUGACGACUUCAAGACGGACUUCGAGAAGAAAAAGGUGCCCCAAUGGGUAUUCAUGUCUCCCAACCAAAUGAACGAUGGCCACAACACGUCUCUAGAGUAUGCGACAAAGUGGGCACAGGAUUUCCUGAAGCCAAUGCUAGUCCCUGGCGCCUUCAAAGAGCGCACGCUCAUCCAACUUACCUACGACGAGUCUGAAGAUCACGGAAAACCAAACAAGAUUGCGUCACUGCUCUUGGGCAGCGCGCUCCCCGAGGACAGAAAGGGGACGGAAGACAAGACCUUUUAUACGCAUUACUCAAUGUUGUCGACAGUUCAGUUCAACUGGGAGACGCCAAACCUAGGCCGGUAUGAUGUUGGGGCCAACAUCUUCCAGUUCGUGCAAGACCUCGGUAGCAGAGUGCUUGUACCGAACAAAGAUCCACCCAAUAUGGCCUCAGUGAACAAUUCGGAAUCGUAUUUUGGACCGCUUAAUGGGGAUGCGAGCAAGUUCCGUCCCUAUCCACCCCCGAAUCUUGCUCUCAACGGGUCCAGUGGACUCCCAAUUUUGGAGCGUACUCGUCUUCAAUGGGUCUUCCACAACCAGCCGACCCCAUACGACGGGAAUGGUACUCUUUAUGACGCCAAUUCCCAACCUCAGUACAUCCCGCAAGCUGUCCAGUAG